UGCUCUUCUUCACCACUAGAAAUACACACUACAGAGUGUGUGUGUGAGAGAGAGAAAGAGAGAGAGAGAGUUUAAAAGAAGGCCUUUCAUUUCCUUGUGCAGUUUCAGAACACAGUGAACUCUUCCAUAUAGAAACUCAUAAAAAAGAAGUCUACAAGACAUGGGUGAGGAGAACAAAGGGGAAGGGAAGAAGGAGGGUGAGAAGAAAGAAGAAGUGAGCAAGGAAGAGAAGAAAGAAGAGAAAAAGGAGGAAGAAGAGAAGAUUGAAAUUGUGCUCAAGGUUGAUAUGCACUGUGAGGCUUGUGCUAGAAAAGUCACAAGAUCCUUGAAAGGAUUCCAAGGAGUGGAGGAAGUAACAGCGGAUUAUAAGGCAAGCAAAGUUGUGGUGAAAGGUAAUAAGAGUGUUGAUCCUAUGAAAGUGUGUGAAAGGAUUCAGAAGAAAAGUGGCAGAAAGGUUGACCUCAUUUCGCCUAUUCCCAAGCCCCCUGCUGAGGAAACCAAGCAAGAAAUCAAAGAGCCCCCUAAAGAAGAGAAGAAAGAUGAGCCUCCUCCAGUCGCAACAGUGGUUCUGAAAGUUCAAAUGCAUUGUGAGGCAUGCGCUCAGGUCUUGCAGAAGCGAAUCAAGAAAAUUAAAGGCGUUGAAUCAGUGACAACGGAGCUUGGAAGCAAUGAGGUGAGGGUAAAGGGCGUGGUGGAUCCAGAGAAGCUUGCGAAGGACGUGUACAAGAAAACAGGGAAGCAAGCUUCCAUAGUGAAGGAAGAAGAGAAGAAGGAAGACAAUGAGGAGAAGAAAGAAGGGGAGAAGAAAGAGGAAAAGAAAGAGGGAGAAGAAGACGAAAAGAAAAUGGAUGAGACAGAAAUGAAGAAGAACGAGUUCAUGGCUAUGCCCCCUAAAUACUACUUGGAUUACGCCUAUCCUCCUCAGAUUUUCAGCGACGACAACCCUCACGCUUGCACCCUCAUGUGAUCAUGAUCAUGAUCAUCUGAUCUGGAGGGUGAAAUUUUUAUGCAUGCAAGCAAUUUUUCAUGGUCUGAUGAUAUGAUGUUAAUAAGGCAGCAUGCAGCUAAACAACUACGUAAUGUAAUGUAAUGCAUGGACGUGGUGUUAGAGUGUUGUGUAUUUCUUUAAAUUUUGUUUAUUUUUACCUAAUAAUUUGAACUUUAAUUUUGGGUGUGUGGUGAUGAGGAUAAUGGAGGAGAACUGGAGAAGUGAAGAAGAAGCUGUAAAUAGUGACUUCAAGAACUUGUUGAAUUGGUUGAGUUGGCAGAUGUAUGUAGUUUUAGCACUGCGUUUUUGUAUGGUCUGCAGAAUUAUUAUUUAAAUCAAUAUAUGUAUGUAUGUAUGUACUUCCUUAUA